AUGGCAAAACGCAAAAGAUUAGAGAAUUUGUCAGUUCAAUUCGCCAAGGCGAAAGAUCAAAAGACUCUUCUCCGAGUACAGAAAGUACUCGACGAAUACGAAGGUUGGAAUAUUAAAGGUUUCCUUUUCGGCUUCAAAGAAAAUGGCGAUUACAGUGGAUACGCCCGCUGCGAAGUAAAAAUUCAUAUCACGCGUAACCAUGAAUUGGUCUUUUCGGAUCCUUUCACCGCCGCCAAGACGAAGAAAAAUACGAAACAGAUUCCCGAGGCCGCUGUUACAAGAAUAAAAAAAUACAAUUCCUAUCUUGUUAGCGCUAAAAAUCUCAGCCAGAGCUAUUUUGAUUGUGACAUCGUGUCAAAAAGAGAUGAAAUUCUUCUUGAAUCACUUGGAUUUGAUCCACAAGAGGCAAUCAAACUCAAAUCAUCUCGGUACUUUAUCGCCAAAGAAGCCAAUAUCGCCGCAGAAGAAAUGGUGGUCUAUAUUUCGGAAAAUGUGCCAUUUUUUAUUGAAAAGGGUCACUGUGGGCUACAAGUUGAUCACAAAGCGAUGAUAAACAAAACAAGUGACUUUCAAGAUCAAGCGUACUGCAUUGCCCUUACUCUGACUCUUGGAUCUGUAACGGUGGUUUAUCCUCUAAUUUUUGAAGCUGUCGAUUCAACUAGUAGCGAAGAAUCAAUUCCAAUUUUCGAGCAAACUCUCGAGAUCACCGAGAAUUUGCCGACCUUUGAACAAGUUGGUAUCGAACUUGAAAAACUUGCAGUUCCCAAGAAAAAUGAGGAUGGAGAGUUUGAAGAAGAUUUCGAAAUAAGAGAAUACAAGGAAAUUUUCGCUCGCAGCUGUUUCAUAAAACUCAUGUUUUUCAUGGCUGGAAAAGCUUAUGUUAGUGAAUCGAUUGGAGAAGUCGAGGGAAAAGAGAGUUCUCGCGUCUUGGGCGCUACUAAAGCCGCGGUUUUUGUCUAUUGGCCGACACACAAGUGCAAUUUAUAUAAACUCAUCGGGCAUAUGGAGAAAUCAUCGGAUUAUUUUUUCGGAAAAAUUCCGAAAUUCUAA